AUGUCAGGAAGUAAGACCUGCCUUCCUCCUGCCAUACGGAAGUUGUUGUGGCCUGUGUGGGAGGCGUCUUCGCUACCUAAAAAGCCCAGGGUUCUGGCAACCCUGAACCUUGUCCUCGUGGCAAAUCCAGGUCACUACAAGGAUGAUUGGAGGAGGCUGAAAAAAAAAUAUGGCAACAUUGGUCAUCUGACUUUUGAGUGUCGUAAUUUUCUAGUCCCCCAAAGGGACAUUGUGUUAGAUGUGAGCAAGCGAGGAGCUGAGGGGCUGAGGAGAAGACUGCAGCCUUGGCGGGAGAAAAGAGGAAACCAAGAAGAGGGCCAGAGCAAGGAGAAAACUAAAUUGCAAAGUAGAAAAAAAAAAAAAGAGGGAAAGGUCUUAUCCAGCUCCACUACAGAGAUCACUUCAUAACAGAAGAAAUAAAAGUAUCAGAAAAAAAAAAAAAGAAAAAGA